AUGACCUCUCAAAAGCUUUCUACAUCCUUCAAGGGUUCUGAUCCGGCCAUCCUUCGGUUACCGGACGAAGUUCUUGACAUUAUCAUCAGAUACGCUGAGCAGGAAUUCUUCGACAAAUAUUAUCCAGCUGGUACAAGUUCGCCUCGGCCGUUGUAUCGGAUUACUUCCGAUAAUUUACCCCGCACGAGAAUCCGUUCUUUGCUGAUCGUCUGCCGGAAGUUUUUCUAUCGAAUCGAGCCUUUUGUGUACAACGUGAUCGUCAUGCCCCCUUUUUUAAAUCCGAGCAAGGCAAUGGAGAUUACCGAUCAAAUUGGAUCGCACUCCCACCCUCACUGGCUUAGAGGACUGCGAAUAGGCACUUUAGAACCAACGACACCUUUAAUCGAACCGCAACGGCUCGCGGAAUGCAUCUCGAGGAUCUCUGUUCAUCUUCACAUUAUUCACCUGGAUGGACUCAUUACAGACAGUUUUCUGAGCGCAGAGCUCUAUCCUGUCCUUACGCAGCUCGCAAGCCUUUCAACACUAGAACUUUCCAGCCCGUCACAAACGAUCGACAUCACCCGGAUCUUGAAAACAAUCUUUCAUCUACCGCAGCUCAAGUCUCUUUUUCUAAGCCUGGGCGAUUUUUCACGGUUACCAGCCAUUUUGCAGUCAUCUGAAGACCUGAUUGCAUAUUGUGGUUCCAUCUUUGAUCACUCGCGACCUCCUUUGGUCAAUCUGGCCGUACAAUUCUCGCUAAAUAAUCCACCGCGACUAGAUGGACUAGCAGCCUUUCUGGGGAUAUUUGCUCCUACCCUGCGCGUCCUUCGUCUACGGGGUAACCUAGGUCCCGGCUUGUCCGGCGCCUUGUCACCAGUCGCUGGCAGCCUACACGCUCUGGAGAUAGCCAAGAUCGAUGCCACGUUGGAAGGUGCGAUUAACCUUUCCAUGGACCGUGUGCAGACUCUGGUGUUGGGUCACCCGACUGGGUUUGUGCCGUAUUUUCAAUGGCGUAAACAAUUAUUCAAAAGUACAAGUACACUUGUUCUCCAAUUUUCCAACAAUCUGCGGCCCGCCACAAUCGAACCGCUCAUCGACCCCAUACAGCUACAAAGAUUGAUACUGGUAGACUUCUCGGGGAGAGAGUACAACAAAUCUUCCUCGCAACCUAACACAGCCAUGUUUGAUUGGUGCGCUCAACACUCGAUCAAACUUUCAGUGAUAGCUCGAGUAUCUUUUGUUGACCACCUCUUUCAAAAAGUAUUGGAUGAAAUUAUGUACGUUCGAGUCUUGUCUUAUUCUUUCUUAUACCCCCAUGCUCAUCCUAUGUGUCUGACACUUUUCUCUUCCACCUGCCCUCGUACUAUACCCCGCGAUCCUCGUGACAGUUACCAAGCAAUGCCUCCUUAUCUAAACAAACAACUUUUUCCUGAGUCGUUGGAGACUCUCAUUUGA